GAACAGCGAGGGAUAGGCACGACAGAGGCCAAGAUCACUGGUGGGACGCGAUAGGAGCGACCUCGUGGAGCGAUAGCAGGGACGGCAGUGACCCGAUAGCAGGGACGGAAUGGUGUUCCGUUCGCCGUUUGGCCAUUUUCAAUGGCGCGUGCUGAGCUUUGGCUUGACCAAUGCUCUGGCCUCUUUUCAGAGGGCCAUGAACGAUGUGUUUCGCGAAGCUAUCGGACACUUCGUUCUGGUUUACCUCGACGAUAUCUUGGUUUAUUCCAAGACGGAAGAGGAGCACACUCAACACCUAAAAUGGGUGCUAGGGAAGUUGCGAGAACACAAGUUCUAUGCUCGUUUAUGGAAAUGCCAUUUCUAUAAGCGCGAGCUGGAAUACCUCGGUCAUCUUGUCGGGAACAACGGACUUAAAGUCGACCCCAAGAAGGUGGUGGCUGUUCAGAAUUGGCCCGUCCCACAGGACGUGGGUCAGAUCAGGUCCUUCCUAGGCCUGGCCAAUUAUUUCCGCCGGUUCUUGGAAAAUUACUCGACUGUCGUUGCCCCUCUAACAGCACUCACCCGAAAAAGUACUGCAUGGGAGUGGACUCGACAAUGCCAAGAGGCAUUUGACAAAGUCAAAACAAAGUUGACCAAUGCUCCGGUUUUGGUAUUGCCAGAUCCUUCUAAACCCUAUGAGGUGGUCACAGACGCCUCGAUAGUAGGGAUUGGGGCGGUACUAUUGCAGGAGGGCCGUCCUGUGGCAUUUGAGAGUAGGAAACUCUCCCCGGCAGAGCAGCGCUAUAUGACGUCAGAACAAGAGUUGCUGGCGGUCAUGCAUGCGCUGCAAACAUGGCGAUGUUAUCUGGAAGGUGUGGAGUUUGUGGUCACGAUAGACCACUGCCCGAACACCUAUUUCUCUACUCAAGCCACGCUCACUCGGCGCCAAGCCCGCUGGGCAGAACUCCUUAGUGGGUUCACAUUCGAUAUUCGAUAUCGUGCAGGUUCUACGAACAUGGCUGACCCCCUCAGCAGACAACCGAUAGGGGCAGCGACUGGGCUUGAUGAAACCGAGGAUAAGGUUAGCACUCACUCUGCCUGACCUUCCCCACUCUCCCCUUCCCCCCCUCUCACUCUAAUAGGAGCACCCCCUUACCUUCCCUUACCACCCCCUCGUACCCAUCUGGAGUGCAGUGGACGGGAAAGCUUGCAUCCAUAGCACUUGUGAU